CUCAUUGGCCAGUGCGCACUUUACAAUCACCUCUUGAGCGCUCGUGUCCGAGCUGCGCACCAGUUGAGCGCCAAAGUCUGCAGCGGCGACACGCUCGAGGAGCGCGACACGUCGAGGACUCGACCGAAGCGGAUCUCCCUCGUCGUUUUCUGGUUGGCUUUUAUGAAGUGAGCCCACCGGUCGGAGCUGCAAUAGCGUUCGCGAGAAGUUCACAAUGCGGGCUACUUCCCAAUCAGCUUUUGGGACGACGAUCCGUUUGGCUCUGACCAUGGCGCUCCUGGCGGCAUGCAGAGCGUCCGAGUACGAGUAUCUGAGCUGGAAGUCGGACUCGUACAACGGCGGGCGCAGCUACGGAAAGCCCCCGCAGUGCGUGGACAUCCCGGACGACCUGCGACUGUGCCACAAUGUGGGCUACGGUCAGAUGCUGUUGCCCAACCUGCUGGAACAUGAAACCAUGGCCGAGGUGAAGCAGCAAGCCAGCAGCUGGGUGCCCCUGGUGCACAAGAACUGCCACCCCGGCACGCAGGUAUUUCUCUGCUCGCUCUUUGCGCCCGUGUGCCUGGAGCGGCCCAUCUACCCGUGCAGAUGGCUGUGCGAGGCCGUGCGGGACGGCUGCACCCCCAUCAUGGAGGCCUUUGGCUUCCCCUGGCCGGAGAUGCUCACCUGCGACAAGUUCCCGCAAGACGACGUGUGCAUCGCCAUGUCUCAGCCCAACGCCACCGAAUCCACAAAGCAGACAGGUUACUCUCCCAUUUGCCCUCCCUGUGACAAUGAAAUGAAAACAGAUGCCAUGCUGGAGCACAUGUGUGCCAGCGAGUUUGCUUUUAAGACCAAGAUCAAGGAGGUGAAGCGAGAGAACAUGGACCGCAAGGUGAUCUUUCAGAAGAGAAAGAAGAUGCUGAAAGCAGGCAACCUGAAGAAGAAAGACACGAAGAAGCUGGUGAUGUACUUGAAGAAUGGCGCAGACUGCCCAUGUCAGCAGCUGGACAACUUGGGGAACCACUACCUUAUCAUGGGCCGGAAGGUUGACAAGCAGUUCCUGCUCACUGGCAUCCAUAAGUGGGACAAGUCCAGCAAAGAGUUCAAAAAGGCCAUCAAGAAACUCAAGACCCACAAAUGCCCCGCCUUCGAGAAUGUCUUCAAAUAAAAUGACCUCCCUCCACAAUUAGUCACCUCUCCUCCUACAUAUGAACUUGCACAAGCAUUAAACUCUGAAACUUUG